AAUGAGGGCAGAAGAAAAGCCAUAGUCCCAAGUUGGUUGAUUUCCUCAAAAGCCAUUUUGCAAACUUGCUUGAAAACGACCCUUUUCUCUCUCCUUUAGUACACCCACGCGAUCCAGCAGCUAAUCGGCUAUACUUUUCCAUUCACUACAAUUAACUUUUCGUCAUUCUCCCAAACAAAAAAAAAAGCUGCGGUUUCUUUCUUGUCUUCUCCGCCAGAGAGUAGCUCUGUUUUUAUUUGUUUUUUAAAUAUAAUUAAUCUUCCUCUGUUCCCUCUAUAUAUAAAUACAUCCUCGUCCAGUUGUUUAGUUCCUCAUCAGUACUCAUCACCAUCUGUCUUCCCUCUCGAUACAAACAAUAACUACGCUCAUCGGAAUGGGGCUGUUGAAGGCGAAGGGAGUGGUUUACAAGCCUGUGGAGGAGGUUGAUCUCGGUCCUGAUAGCCAGGAAUUGUAUGUGCGUGCGAAUGUGAAAGCUCCUCGAAUGGCUGGAUUUCUGGUCAAAGUUUUCGCCUGGUUUCUGGAGUCAAGGAUUUUUGGACCUUUCCUCCUUUACAUUUUGAUCAGAAAUAAUCUGGUUCACAAGCUUGUUUCGAAUGCAGAGCUGGAGGAAUCACCUGUUUUUGUGCCGUUGCAUCAAUUUGAAGAGCUGAACGAGCCAGAAGUGAAACUAAUAGAUUCUGAUUUAUCUCCACCUCAACGAGUUCAACAGGCAAUCGAAUGUCUGCCUUUGUCCUCGCCAACUCCACUCGAUGCUUCAACCCACUCCUUCCGUCGUUGGACAAUAAUGGACUAUUCUAGAGCCUAUACUUCUGGAAAAACAACUCCCUAUGCGGUGGCGAAACGAUUGAUAGCUGCAAUUCGCCGAUCUUCCACUCCUCCAAUGGACAUGGCAUUCUUUAUUAAUUAUGAUGUUGAAGAUAUUUUAAGGCAGGCCACAGAAUCAACUCAAAGGCAUCAAAGAGGGGAGCCAAUAUCAUGUCUGGAUGGAGUCCCAGUUGCCAUCAAGGAUGAAAUAGAUUGCACUCCAUAUCCCACCACAGGAGGUACGAAGUGGUUGCACAAAUUUAGACCAUGUAAAGCGGACGCUUAUUGUGUUAUGUGCUUGAGAGCAUGUGGUGCUAUACUUAUUGGAAAGACGAACAUGCAUGAGCUUGGGGCCGGAACUAGUGGAAUAAAUCCUCAUUAUGGAGCAACUAGAAAUCCAUAUGAUGCAGGCAAGAUAUCAGGAGGUUCUUCUAGUGGAUCUGCUGCUGUGGUGGCUUCAGGACUCUGCCCUGUUUCCCUUGGUGUUGAUGGCGGAGGAUCUGUAAGAAUGCCGGCAGCUCUCUGUGGUGUUGUGGGUUUCAAACCAACUUUUGGACGUAUACCUCAUGCUGGUGUUCUUCCUCUGAACUGGACAGUUGGAAUGGUUGGAGUAUUAGCAGGCACCAUAGAAGAUGCAUUUAUCGUUUAUGCAGCUCUCAACGCCCAAUUUCCGUUGAAUGAAUCAUCCAACACACAGCCGCCAAAAUUAUAUUUCCCAUUGCUGAGUGCCUCUAGUCCAAUUUCAAACAUUAAACUGGCAAGAUAUGGAGAGUGGUUUAAUGAUUGCAGUGAUGAUAUUAGAGUUUGUUGUUCCCAUGCACUGGAUCUACUCAAUCAUAAAUAUGGUUGGAAGACUAUAGAGGUUACAAUACCAGAGAUAGAAGCAAUGCGGCUUGCACAUUAUGUAACAAUUGGAACUGAGAGCAGUACUUCCCUGAGUUCGUAUCUAGAGAAAUUGAAUUUUUCACAGUUAGGAUGGGAUGCAAGGGUAGCACUUUCUGUAUAUGGUUCUUUCAAUGCCACUGAGUAUGUAAAGGCCCAGAAACUCAGGAACCGUGUGAUGCAAUUUCACAAGAAAAUAUUUACAAAGGCGGAUGUUAUUGUUACACCAACCGUUGGCGUAACUGCAUAUCCAAUCUUCAAUGAUGCUAUGGAGACUGGUGAACUCGACUACAUAAAUGGAGCUGCACUUGUUCGGUAUCAGAUAGCUGGAAACUUUCUAGGAUUGCCAACAGUUACUGUUCCUGUCGGAUAUGACAAAAAGGGUUUGCCAAUUGGCCUGCAGUUUAUAGGAAAACCAUGGUCUGAACCUACUCUAAUACAUAUGGCAUUUGCAAUGCAGGCUUUGUGCAUUUCAGAUUAUAAAAAGCCACAGAUUUUCUAUGACUUGCUGAAGGAGGACUAAAUUCACCAAGAACUUUCAAAGGACCAAAAAGAGAUUUUUACUACUAAAAAGUGUUUCAAUGUCCAGUUGUUGUGUUGUCUCUUGAUUAAUUAUGACAAUCAUUUUAUUCUGGAGUUUGCUUGCUAUGUGUAGUAUUAGUUUAUCAUGUGUUGAAGAUCAAUAGUUGAUAUUAAUGAUAUAUUUUUUUUUGAAAUGGGAUAUUAAUGAUAUUUAGAUUGUACAUUUUUUGCAU